AUGGGCACCAACUAUGCAUCUAUGAUGUUUAACAGCGGCUCCAAUAUUCUUGGCUAUGGCGUUCUUAGACUUUUACAGUACAAUGAACAAUUAUCCUGCGGGUGGGAAAACACCAUGAAAGAAGACAUCGGAUACUGGAGGAGAUUUGUGCACAAUUUCUUUACUGAAAAGGGAACGUUUCGAUUUAAUUUUGAACCCAACGCACAAAGGACUCGCGAGUCGAAGGAGUUUGAAUUGUCGUAUGCAGCUUUGCCGAGAUUCUUCUAUUUAAAUUACAUGGGAAACAUGAGGCGAAUGUCGAUUGUUUUGGGUGAUACGAAAGAAUUCGCAAUUCCUAAUAAUGGAUAUUUUGUCGAGUCCUCAAACGCAAGCCUUGUGUAUCAGUUUGCUAAUGGUAUACAAGUAAUCAUUUAUGGUUGUUUGCGAGCGCACUUCCAUCGUGCACCUCUUUUGAAAUUGGACUCACUUGAAUUCUCCGCUACCAACCAUUCCGAGUAUCUUCUUCGUGAACUUGUAGAAAAUGCUUCUCUCGCCCAGCAGUAUCAACAAGAGCGCCGGCCAGAACAGGAAAACACAUCGAUUUUCCCUUCGCAAGGCAACGAACAAGCUCCGUUUUAUCCUCCAUAUAAUUUCGGUGCCAGUGCGCAACUCCCCUCAACGCCGGUGAACGAGUACGGGAUUGAACCACGAAUCAUGCGCUUUUUGGAAAUUUCUGAAACUAUUUCUGGGAUGCGAGAUUUAAUAGCCUUUACUUUGGCUCAACGUUCAGGUCCGGCAAGUGCCCUCCAAAAGUUCGCUACAGCUUUACAGCAACAACAGCAGAUGCAAAAAUCUAGUGCUGCAAAGGUAGCUUUUCCGAGUAAUCCCUCUGUAAAUAAUCAAGUUCCUAAUAACGCUGAAGCUCCAUUUCCCAUGGCCCCUUCCGCAGCUGCAACGGGAGGGCCUCCCGAAUACCGCGUCCCUAAUUACCCAUCCAAUUAUAAUUAUCACCAGUCCCAACGCGCCAUGAGCACUAAUUUUGAUUCAUCUCAAUUUGCCAACCAUUACCCACAUCCAAACCCUCAAUCGCCUGCUCCAUUAAUGAAUCCUGCCUACACACAACCUUCUCAGAAAAGGUCCGCUACAAUGUCUCCGCUGGGGGAACGCGAAAAGCAGGAUGUUGAUCCCUCGUUUUACCCCAAUGGAUCCUUGGGACCUCAGAAGCGAGCUAAAGCUUAG